UACAUUUACUUCCGGUGCUCUAAAUUUUUCGGUGUGAAUGCUUGAAAAAUAUGUUUUAAUGGGUACUAAAGUGAGAGAUUCCAAUGCAGAAAACAACACCAGACGUUUUAAAAUUAAUCAGAGGUAUUUUCUUGCAGCUUGCUUUAGUUUAAUAAAGUAAAACACAAUAACAAUCAUGGAUGAUUUUGGAGAAGAAGAAGUUGUAGAAAAUCCUACCUUAAGAGCAGCAUAUAAUCUGGAACCACUUCACCAGAACCAACCACUUCGCUGGAACUAUGAUGUUCAUGUGAUUGGGGAGAAAAUAUAUGACAAAGUCAUUCAUUUAUGUGAAGUCUGUGAACUACCUAUUUUAGUUUAUGGGCGCAUGCUACCGUGCAAGCACAUUUUUUGCUUUGAUUGUGCUAGGAAAUGUGAUAAAGCAUGUAGGAGAUGCAAUGCAAAGGUGCAGAAAGUUGAAAAGUCUGCAUUAGGCACUGUGUACGUAUGUACACACGGGGCUCCUAAGCACAGCACUAAAGGUUGCAGAAGGACUUACCUAUCUCAGCGUGACCUGCAGUCACACAUAGCCCAUAGACAUGUCCCCAAAUCUGGUAGUACUAAUAAUAACAAACACCAGCCUGUGGCCCCCCUCUCUCAGCCUGGCCCGAUACAGAUGCCACUGACCCAGCAACAGGCAGCUCAGCAGGCCACACAGAAGCAGCCACCUGCCCAGGCUAUUCCUAUUCAAGCUCACACCUCAAACUUGUCAGUUGCAGGUUCUCUUGUGCCCCCAGUUUCUAGCUUAUCAUUGACGCAUUCACAGCCCUCUGGGCUGGUCACUGCUCAGCACACCAGCCCCAUCCCAUCUCACAUACCUGGUUUGGGUGAUCUAAGACCUGUCACUAAUGUGUCCCCCGCCGUUUUGACUCAGAACUCUCCGCUGAUGCAGCCUGCGCCAAGUCCUAACAGUUUACAAGGUAUUGGUAUGUCUUACAAUGCAGCGCCGCCAACAAAUCCUGACAUCUAUAGACCUCUGGACAUGGCCGCGAUGGGGCAGCAGCCGCAGCAACAUCAACAAAGCAUUGGGAUGUCUAGCAUGCACCUGCCGCCUGUGAACAGUAUGCAACAGUACGCCCAGCCAUCCCAGUUUCCUGUUUCCCCUUCUAUAAUGCAGCAGAUGAACAACAACCAGCAGAUAGCAUCUUCUAUUGCCAAUGCAAUCCAUCAGACUACUCUUUCACACCAACACCCACCUCUUGCUGGACCCCAAAGCUUAGACUCGUAUAAGCCACCAAACAUCCAGUCCCCCAUACAGACUCCACCGUCCCGCACCAAUGUCAACCUGAUCACAGUGCCAAUACAAGAUGAGGGUCAGUACAGGAUUCAAGACGAGGGCCAAUACAGACCUCUGCCGUAUGUCAACACCUCUAUGGCCAAUCAAGCCAACAGCCAGACAUAUCCCCCGCUUAGAGCUAAUUUGACUAACCAAUCACAGGGCUACUCGCAGCCUCCUUUGUCUUCAAACUCUUUCUCCAGUUCUAAUAGCUAUCCUCAUAUGGGAGGAGUUCAGACUCAGUCUCCAAAUAUUGAUUUUAACCACUCCCAGAACAUGGUUAUUGGCCAUAGUCAAAACAUGGGGGGUCAGCCACCCACCAUGAGUGGGCAGGCUCAGAACAUGGGUAUUGGUCAUUCCCAGAAUUUGGGGAGCCAAGGCCAAAAUAUAAAUAUUGUUCAUCACCAAAACAUGAGUGGUCAAAAUAUGGGAAACCAAGGUCAAAACUUGGGCGUUCAUGGUCAGACUAUGGGAGGCCCCUCUCAGAACAUGGGUGGACCACCCCAGAACCUUGGCAUGGCCAACAAUUCUUUAGGGAUGCCACCAUACAAUUUGCAGGCAAAUAAUCCUGGGAACUUAAUGAAUCAAAGACCUGGAAUGGUGGGUGGGGUUCAUGCAUCAAAUGGACCAAGGGUGUUGUCAGGUUCAGUGAAUAGAACUCAAGGGGGUGGACUUAUGCCGACACCUGGUGCAGUGCGGCCUGGAAUCAACAACCACUAUUCUCCAGCUGGACACUGGCAAAAUCCACGCGUAAUUCAACCGAGAAUGACACAGGGACAACCAAGACCUAGAAGUGAUAGCCAAUUUAAUACUAGCGGUUAUUAUAAUUAAAUGUCAAACUUAACCAAAGUACUAGAAGAUAAAAGUUUGAUAAUUUUUUUUAGUGAAUAUAUUUUUAAAGAAAUUGGAAAUUUACCCAGUGGUAAUUAAUAAAUAUGAUCAUUGUUGUUAAAGCAAAUUUAGUGAGUGAAAAAAAAAAUGUUUACGUGAUUUGAACAAUGACCUGACAAAGCUAGUCUUUGCUCAGUGGAAAUUAUACUGAAUUAGAUAUGGUAAAUUGUUUGCUAUUUUAAAGUGAUUUUUUCUUAAGUGUAAUUUUGAAAAUUUGUGUGUAUUUAAAAUGCUAUUUCCAAGUCCCAGGAAAGAUUUUAUGAAUAUAGCUGUCUUGUGUAGUUUUUUUUAUUUGUGAUGAUGGUUACAGACAUGUUCCCUGUAUGACAAAAGUUUUUAUUGCUGAGAUGAUUAGUUUAAAUUGUUUAUUAAAAUAAUUGUCAAUAUGAAAGCUUGUUUCUGUAUUCUUUUAAUAAGAAAACUCAGAUGACAGAAAAGUUGCCAAGAGGACAAAAUUACAUAAUUAUCUGUUAACUGAUGAGUAAUUUUUAAAGAUGUUCUAUUUUUAAACAUUUAUUUUAAGGCAAUUGCAACCCUGUAUUUAUUUUUAGUUUGUAUACAAUUUUAAAAAUACUGUAAUAAUACUUUUAGAUUACAAAACUUAUCAUACUUGUCCCAUAAAAUUUUCAGUUGGUUGCCUUUUAGUAAUGUAAAUACUGCUUCAGUAGCUUAUACAUUUUAUACCAAGGUCAAUGACCCUCAUCUGUUUUACAAAGGCUCCAUUAAAAUGUUGAUGAUUUUAAAA